AUGCCGAAUACUUCAGACAUCCAUGUGCGUAAUAGAUAUGAAUCGCUAAUUGAUGAAGGGGAUUACAACGGCUCUAAUGAACCGGGAAAUAAUCACGACACCUUUCAAAUUCACAAUACACAAACGCUACAUUCCAUGCGAAAUCAAUCUCAUUUGAAUAAUAAUUCCGAGCAAUCUCUAGAAGAGCAUAACAACGAACCUUGGUACCCACAAGAAGAUGACCAGCGUCAAAAUACCAAUAAACAACAAAGUGGGCAAGCCAAGUCAAGAAUGCAUAAUCAACAAAGUAGGCAAGACAACCCCCCCGUCGAAAGCGCUGAUCAUAACUCUACUUAUUCGGGUGCCCAAAGCCUCGAACA